AUUAGACUGUAUACUUUUUAAAGAGCAAAAAGCUUUGUGCCUGGAUGUUGAUUCAAAAGCAAGUGUCUGCUGACCUCAAAAGAGCUUUACUGGAGUAAAUAUAAAUACAAUAGGCAUGAAACAUUGUAACAAUACUUUGGUUAUGUAAAGGCUUAUGUUGAGAGAAAGGAAUGUCCAAAGCUACUUAUUCUAUCUAGGACAAUAAUUAGGGUUGUUGCUUCCAUUCUUGGUCUUAAAGCAAAAAUGCUAGAUUACUCGUACCACCUGUUUUGCAAAUUCAGAGUAGUUCCAUUGCGAUUUCUAUUUUUCGUUGAACAUGGUGUAUGAAUAGCUUCCCACUUUUCACUAAUGUCCAUGUGUUAUAAUUGAAAUUAUUUCGUUUUUAUUGGAGAACUGGAGAUUUUUGUCCUGCUUUAAGAAGAUUUUUAAGGCCCAUAUUUUGACUGCUACAUUUCCCAGUUUAUUCUUGAGUUUAGUUCUCUUAUUAAAUCCUGCUUAUCCUUGCAGGUGCUAGUUUCUCAUCUGAUCUUGAAAAACAUAAUUGUUUACAAGUUUCAGACUACUAAGAGAUAAUUAAAUAUUUGUUCAUCUUUUUAGGUAGAGUUCCUUUUAUAACUUAUUCUGAUUUCAUAAGCAUACUUUAAAUAUUUUAUUUUCAGUUUUAACACAUCUUAAUCUUGUUAAAUUCCUGUACAUAAAAGCCUCCAUUUUUCAUCCAUCUGCUCUCUCUGACCUGGGAAUCAUUCUUCCUUCUUGAUGGAAAUUUUUUUUUAAUAAAAAUUGCCGGUAUGGUAAUAGUGAUAUGGCAUUACCAGUUGUAAUUUCAAAAAUCUGAAACCGUAGAGCUGCAAUUUUCUCUGAACAAUUUAAGGAAUAUACCCAACUGAGCAAUAUGACAUGUAAAAGAAACUUUAUAAAAACAGAUUGCUGGGACACAAAUGAGGAAAACAAAAAUCAUUGUCUGCUUGCAUAUAGAUGGGCAAUUUUUCAUGUGAAGAUUUAUUUCAUAUCAACUUUAAUCGAUGAUUGGUUAGUCUGUUCUUGGAGCUAAAUUAUUUUGGAAUGUGUGCUGCAGCUAUAGAAUCAGAAGAUGAGGUCCCAUCACUUUUGUGGGGUUUGAAUCCAAUUUUUUCAUCCUUUGCAAGACUAUACAUUAAAGACAUAUUAGAAAUGAAAGAGUCUAAACAGGUUCCAGGUAUAUUCUUUUACAACAGACAUCCAAUAAGACAAGUGGAUAUUUUUGGUAUGGUGGUUCUAAUAAAAGAAAAAGAUUCCUUUUAUAUUUGUGGAGUGGAUGAUGGCACUGGUGUAAUAAGCUGUACCUGCUGGAAAAAUGCUUUAGCAGAAAAGAAAAAAAUAUCAGAUUUGGAAUCUCACCCAAGUACUUUAAGUGCUCUGACUCUAAGUGACUUGAUAAGAAAUCUCCAAAUAGCAAUUCGAAAAAAAACAAUUCUCGAAAUUGGUGAUCUAAUCAGAGUCCGUGGUUGCAUUCGAAUUUACAGGCAACAACGGGAAAUCAAGGCUUCUAUGUAUUAUAAAGUUGAUGACCCUAUGAUGGAAACUCAAAUUUCCAGAAUGCUAGAACUUCCUCGUUUAUAUAAGGAUAUUUAUGAUAAGAGAUUCCAGUUCCCAGAAGAAACACAGUGUAAUCAUGGUGCAUCAGAUGAACUGGGUUUUGUUAUGAAUCUGAGUAAAAAAAUAAGGGAUUUUCUAUUGAGGAACAAAAUUCAGAGCUUCUAUAUACAGGAAUUAGAAACAGUUGAAGAUUUGGUAUCAUUGGUCAAACUGAAUGAACUUGGUACCACUGCUGAGCAAACAGGUUCCAAAGCUGGUCCUUGCUCCAGAAUGAUUAGAAAGUCAUUCACUGAAGCAAUAAAGUUAUUGCAGAAAGAUGGUGUUCUUUUUCAAAAAUCAAAGACUUCUCAAAAUAUGUAUUAUGUUACCGAACAGGAUACAGAAUUGCACAAAGUAACUCUUGAAAUUAUCCGAGCUGAUUGUAAGAGACCAAAAUAUGCUGAAAAAGGGUGCCACCUUCGUCACAUAUUCAAUUGUAUUCAGCAAAGCUAUAAUCCUUAUAUCACUGAACCUGUUGUCCGCUGUCUCCUUGAUUGGUUGGAAAUCAACAGUGAAGUUGUCACUACCAUGGAAGAAUACUAUACAGUCUUUUAAUCUAAGGGAAUGGAAGCCUGGAGUCAAACAUUAUCUUUUUAAAAAAAGUUUUUUAUUUUAUAGACAAACAUACAUUUAAAACAUCAGUAAUUCCUUCCAUGUGACGUCUCGGUGUUUUCUUCCUGGCUCCAUCUUUUGUUGUUUCUUCUUUCUUCACUUCAAUUUAAACUAUUAUCAUUUUCCACAAAUACAUGAUCAUUUUCUUACAUAAUCAUCCAUGGCUUAUCUGUACCUAACAUUAUCCAGUGAUCUACAAAUCAAAGAUUUUACUGUGUACCUGCUCAGCUAUUUUUCUAAUUUAGAAGGUGAUGCAGAAUACAAAUCAUUUCAUUUCAUGGUAUUCCCAGUAGAUAUCAUUGUCCGAAGCAUUUCUCCUUUCUCUUAAGAGGAAAAGAUACUAAGCAGUCAUAUACAAUUAUGCUGCAACUGCCCCCUUGUGGUUGGAUAGAAUUAAAUAGAACGAAUUUCACCUUUGGACCACAUAGUUUAAAAAAACCAACAGAAAGCAUGUACAGGGAAGAGUAGUUUGAUUUGUUUAACUUUCUGCCAGAAACCAACAACACAAAUAUAAAAUUCCAAAAAUAUCACUGCAAAAAAGUGAAAAUGAUAAGUCAGACAAAAUAAAAAAAAAUAGGUAGAAGAAACACUUGUCAAAGCCAGGAUAUUUAUUGAACAAUUUGUGGAUAUAAUUCCUCAUUUAGCAAGGAGUAGUGUUCUGGACACUGUGAAGGAUAUCAGAGAUUACUUGUUUCAGUUCUGUGUUUAUAGGCUCCCUCAAAACUUAUUGAAAUUAAGUAUUAAAUUGAGAAGCUAUGCUGUUUAAAAUCUAGGAUCCUUUUUUCCAUACAAGUUGAAAAACAUCCAGCAGAAUCAAAAUGGUGUAAGAACUAUCAAUUUAACCCAAAGUCUAAGGUGACAGCUUCAUAUGAACCCAAAUAGAAAUAGUCCAAAUUCCAGUUACAAGAAAGAAUUGGGCAUAUUCUGAGGCAUUCAGACAGGAUUUUAAAAAUGUUGUUUGGAUUUCUUUACUAGUUCUUAUUUGAAGAGGCAAACCUAAGGAUAUUAAUGUCAAUAGGCAUAUGGUUAUUGCCUCUGCUGUCUGUAAAGUUUAAAACUGAAUAAGUUUGGGCCCGAUUAGAACCAGAUUUCUGUUGUUUCCACCACAAUAUAGAGAAUGAAAAAAUGAUUCCUAAAAGAGAUAGAGUCAAUCACGGUAUUAUUUUAUUUUUCAACAAUGAGUUCAGCUAGCUAAACUUAUGGCUGACAUUUCUCUUUUAUCUGAAGAGAGUUGAACCAUGAGAUUGGUUCAUACCAGCAAUUGAUGGACCCAGAUGGGUUUCAGAGGGACUGGGAUAUUCCUACUGGUCUGCUGCACAGUCCAUCUGAAGUUUCAGUUGCCACUUGGAAUAAGAGGGUGGUUGAGGCAUUGGAUCAGAUUGCACCUAUUCACUAUUAAGGCCUGCCUUGUAACAGUAUAGAUGGCAAACCAUCAGCACCCUCUUUCCC